AUGUUUGCAACAAAAACCAGAUCCAGAACCAAGGCUAGGACGGGAACUGAAGAACGUAUUAUUAUUGACUUAACAGAAGAUGCCACGCCCAAAAUAACUAAUAACGAUUCAGCGUUAAAAACAACAUCAGAAGAAGAUUCAUCAAGCGUUAUUUCUUCAAAUGAAAAAUCUUAUAAUAUUUCAAAUGGUUCAGGACUUGCAAGUAUAUGCUGUGCAAUAUGUUUAGAUGCUCCUACAGAUUUAAGCGCAACUCCAUGUGGCCAUUUAUUCUGUCUUUCAUGUAUCCAUAGAGCGAUUGGUCGUGGAAUUUGCCCUGUCUGUAGGCAACAUGUUAAUCGACAACGUAUACUCCCCCUUGAAAUAAUGCUUGCACCAAACAAAAGCGAAUAA